AUGGAGUCUUGUGUUGACGAAAUUAUUAUUGAUUUCGUUCGUGAUAAUAAAUGUUUGUAUGAUAAAACUGACCUCAAUUUUAAAAAUAUCAGUCACAAAAAAGAAAUGUGGUUAAAAGUAAGUGAAAAUUUUAAAAACUUGUAUCAUGUGGAUAUAUCAGCUGAAGCAAUUGAGAAACGUUGGUUUUCAUUAAGGGAUAUGUUUGUCAGAGAAAACAGAAAACAGAAAUUGCCACCGUCCGGUUCUGGAUAUCAACCAGCAAAAGAAUGGGAGCUAUAUCGACACAUGAUGUUUUCACUUCCCCAUAUCGCUCAUCGAAGAACAAAAUCAUCAUACAUUCCAUUAAAUCAGUCAAUGUGCUCUCCAUCAAAAACAUGUUCGCCAAAAGUAAAUAAUUUGUUACCAAAUAAAGAAUCGAGUGGGCCUCUUCGCGCAAAGUCUACCCCCACCAACUCGGCGAGCCGUGAGCCGCAGUCCAGAAUCGCCUCGCGCACAUGUCCCGAAGAGCCAGAGUACUGCUGCGCAUGCAGUGGUGCGAGUGUGCUGCAUGCACCGAAGCGUGAGAGUACAACUACGCAUGUCUAG